GAGGAGAAUUUGUCCCCCAUCUUGGUGAUCCAGCAGCACCUCCAGGGCAGAGCUGAGCUGGUGGCAGACAGGGCCAAACAGCUCCGCUUCCUCCACGCUAUGCCACGUCUCUGGUUCUCGGCACAGAAGCAGGGGCAGGACACCCUGGAGCCCCCGAUCUCCAAAGCGGCCCUCGUGGAGAGCAUUGCGGAGCUGAUUGAAAAUCGCCCUGGUCCGUCAGAGCCAAGCUCCAGCUUGCAGUUUGCAGCCUCAGCAAACUGAAGCCACCACUCGCCCUGCAGCUAGAAUCUCGCCUCCUGCGGGCUCUUCUGAACAGGAUGUACACCCUGGGCACUGGGCAGGACACCACACACUUCCGGGCUCUGUACAUCAACUAUUCGCAGAGCCUGGACAUCCUGCUCAGGGGCCUUCUGACAGAGACCCCCACCGUGGAGAAGCUGCAGCACCUCCUGGAACACGUCCAUCCCUCUCUCCUGUCAAACAACACCCAGGCGAGAGCCAGGGCCGUACAGACCAGCGCGGCUGUGCUCCAGUUUGCCACCUCCCUGCCUGGAUUUGACACCUCCUCCGCCUUCUUCAAGGCAGGUGAAUUCGUGCUGCAGCUGGGUCUCUGUGUAUCCCACCCAGCCAGUGACAUCAGUCGGCAUGCCAGGGGUGGGAUAUAUUGGCUUUACUGGCUCCUGCUUCAGAAGAGGGGGCUCAACACCAGAGAGGCCCCAGACCUGUGGUGCCGGGACGGGCUCCAUGACCCCGAGCGCCUGGGGUAUAGAAAUCUGGCCAGGGUGGGAGAGGUCUUUGGCGAGCUCUUCACGGAGGAGCAGAAAAGAUCUUUCCUCGAGGCGGGGCUGCUGGCCAUCCACGACCCCCUACUCCGCGUCAGCCAGGCUGGCCUGGUGCUGAGCUAUUCCAUCUUGGGGGAAGCCGGCCAGCUGCUAGAGGACGAGGGGGACAUCACAGCCAACAUCAUGGUCCAGCUGUUUAAUAUCAGGGUCUUGGGCCAGGUGCCCGAUGCCCUGCAGGGGCUGUGCUCCGUGGGGCAGCCUUGAAGACCCCCCCCUCGCAUGACCAGCUCCCAACCCCUGCCGCAGGUACUGCUCUGUCUCACUGUGCCUGGGGGGAAGGGCUGGGGGGAGCGGCCAUAGAGCCCCCCGCAGCACUGAGAGAAACCAAGGCCGAGCACCUCGCUCUGGACACCCUGCCCCACCCCGACCCCUGGAGCUGGGGCCAGGCCAGAUACUGGUUGGGAAGAAUCAGGCUGUGGGGCUGGCCCAGAAGUGAGAGCCUCCGCAGAGCCAGGAGUUAUGCUCAAUAGCCAUUGCAGUCUGGGAGGGGUGGCCUGACAUGGAGCCCCUGCCCCGUCGGGAGAAAGCGCUACAUCAGCGACAGUGCCGAGGAGGAGGAGGGAGCGACCUUUUUUCUUUUUUCUGUAAGUUAAAAUAAAUGUUUCUGUGGGGCCUUCUUAGAGUUUUGAACAGUAUCCAUUUCCAAGCGGGGGACCCUUUGCAGAUAUCAAUGAAUGUCUUGGGGCUUGGGUUUUUUUUUUUUAAACACGUUUCUUUCAUGCUUAAAGUUUGGGGUGGGGGUGUUUUCUAGAAAGAAUGACCCAGAGCAUUCGACCAACU